CCAGCAAUUGCCCUAAACCACUGCAUACUUUAGAAACUCAACAACAAUGAUUACAUACAUAGAUCGCAGAGUAUACUGGUGGUCGCCAUCUUUGUCAAUGGGCUGGCGCAAGGAAUUACUUUGAGAGGAAAAUGCAAGAGACUACCUUAGAUGAACCUGACCAGAGCCUACAAAACCUUUGAAAUGGGAGAACGUGUAUCUUUGGUGAAUUAUAUGGUCGUUUUGGCCUGUUUCGUCGCCAAUCUUCUUGUGGGUAUUCAGGUGAAUGGUAUCCAUGCCAAUGGCAGUGCCGUCAACAAUACUACAUGCCAACCAUGCCCUGUAGGCAGCUACAGUAAUAAUAGUUCGCCAUUAUGUAUAGUGUGCAAGGAGGGUUACUGUACCAGUGUCAAGUCAUGUGUCAGAUGCCCACCCGGACAGUUUCAAAAUAACACUGCACAGGGCUCAUGUACCAAAUGUGCUCCUGGAUAUUUCCAGGAACAGUUCGGCCAGCCAAACUGCUCUGCAUGUGAGCCUGGUCAUUUCCAGCCAAAUUCUGGACAAAUCAGUUGCCCGCCGUGUACUGAUGGACAAUAUCAAAAUAAAUCUGGGCAAUCUACGUGCCUUGAAUGCACAGCAGGGCAAUACCAAAAUAAACCUGGACAAUCUACGUGCCUUGAAUGCACAGCUGGGCAAUACCAAAAUAAACCUGGACAAUCUACUUGCCUUGAAUGCACAGCUGGGCAAUACCAAAAUAAACCUGGACAAUCUACGUGCCUUGAAUGCACAGCUGGGCAAUACCAAAAUAAACCUGGACAAUCUACUUGCCUUGAAUGCACAGCUGGGCAAUACCAAAAUAAACCUGGACAAUCUACUUGCCUUGAAUGCACAGCUGGGCAAUACCAAAAUAAACCUGGACAAUCUACUUGCCUUGAAUGCACAGCUGGGCAAUACCAAAAUAAGUCUGGCCAAGCAAAAUGUUUACCAUGUGCUGCUGGACAGCACCAGAACAAGAAUGGACAAGGGUAUUGCCUUCCUUGUCCAGCUGGUAACUACCAGGGAAGCCAGGGAAAAGCAUUAUGUUUACCAUGUAGUAAAGGGUACCACCAAAACAAAACUGGUCAAACUAGUUGUGUACCUUGCGCUGUGGGGCAUUUUCAGUCGCAGGAAGGUCAACCAAUAUGUGAAUUAUGUGAGCAUGGUGAAUAUCAAAAUAAAACUGGACAAGAGAUCUGCAGGACCUGCCCUGCUGGUCAUUACCAGGAUCAAAUGGGCCAAACAACAUGUCGUGUCUGCAAACAAGGGACAUUCCAGCCUCUGGAAAUACUCCAAACUCGAGAUGUUUGUUUCCCAUGUCCUGCUGGUAGCUUCUGCAACCACACAGCUUGUGAGUCAUGUGCACCUUGUCCUGCCCGUAAGCAGUCUAGUUUUGGAUCUGCAAACUGUACAUUCUGCCCACCAGGGACCUUCAAAGAUCAGGAAAGUGUAGAUAUGUGUCAAAGCUGUAAAAGUGGGUGGUACCAGCCACUUAGUGGUGAAACUUCAUGUAUAGAGUGCCCUGAAGGUUAUUUUUGUCCGUGGCCAGACCGUAGACCAGAUCCCUGCCAGCCAGAUCAGUACUGCCCUGCAGGAUCUCAGAACCCAGGCUCCAUGUGCAACCCCCUCUACACCAGGAAUCCCAAGUCUCGAGCCUGUGAGCCAUCUGCAGAGCUAGUGGGCCUCAUUGCAGCAGUUGUUAUAGGGCUAUUUCUCGCUGGAAUGUACUUUGCAUACAAAAAGUGGAGAAGGAGAAGAGGUGAAGAACAAAGACUUCUCGUGGAAGACAGCCAGCCUGUGUACACUGGGUGGUAGGUGCCAAGCACAGAUGCAGCACAGAAAUACAGUGAAUACAAUACAGUGGAUACAAUACAGUGGAUACAAUACAGUGGAUACAAUACAGUGGAUACAAUACAGUGGAUACAAUACAGUGGAUACAAUACAGUGGAUACAAUACAGUGGAUACAAUACAGUGGAUACAAUACAGUGGAUACACUCCUCAAGCCAAGAGCGUCACAAUGCUAUACAUGACUUGAAUUCGUUAGCAAAACUCAGCCAAGAGCGAUACAAUACAUUUGCACUUGCACACGAUGCACUGUGCACGUACCAAGCAGUUAGUAAAUCGCAGCCAAAUUAACACAAGAAGUUUACUUAAAAGAACUGGAACCCUCAAAAUGACUUCUUGUGCGCUCUCUGAUUGGCCAAAACCGAGUGGGAUUUUUUGUGUGUGGAACUCAAUGGUAAAAACCAGCGCAGCAAAACGUGCCCCAUCACAACGUAUCAAAAUCAAACGGACGAUGGACUACUAGUGUGAUAUCGUUUCUCGCGUUCUCGAGAGAAAAUUUACCAUAAGCAAACAAUGACAAUUUUUUAACAUCCUUAUCACAAGAUUGCAUAUCCACAUGUCUCUUUUUAUUUUUACGCGAAAAUUUCAAGAAAAUUUUUAAGAAAAUAUCAAUAUUCAUCAGAUUUCUAUCAUUCAUGUUACCAGUAUUAAUACGUGUUUAGUAGAUCACCACCCGAGAUUAACUUAACACUUUGUGCAAUGUUUACAGUAUUUAACGUUAUCAGUAAAUGUUUUUAAUCAAUAAAAUAGCGUAGAAACGUG